GGUGACCUCCGACUUGCAUGUAUGCACGCUUGCUAGCAUUAGCGGUUUUUCUUCGGAGCUACUUGACAGACAUCCAUUUUCUUUACCGCUUCUCCUCACUAGGGUCGCGGGCUGCUGGAGCCUAUCCAAGCUUCAGUUGUGAAACAUAUUUUAAUUUAGCGAUCGACAUUGUUGUGUUGUCCAUCGAUUUGAGUUGUCUUGCGCACUGCUUGACCGACGAGAUAUCUCGCAGCGGGACAGAAGAGACGUCAUGGCCGGAAUCGAGGAGCUUUCCCCGGCCGCGGGCCCGGUGGCUACCCGGCCCCCCGAGGACGAAAUUGACGACGACGAUGAUGAUCUUGAUGAAACCCUGGUGGAGAGAUUGUGGGGCCUGACAGAGAUGUUUCCUGACACAGUUCGCACAGCUGCUGAGUUCUCAGCACAGUGUUCGGUCUCACUGGCCAAGAGGUUUUACAGUUUUUCUCGCGCAGCCCUCUGGGUGGGAACGACCUCCUUCAUGAUCCUGGUGCUGCCUGUGGUGUUUGAGACGGAGCGGCUACAGCUGGAGCAGCAGCAGUUACAGCAGCAGAGACAGAUCCUGUUGGGGCCCAACACUGGAAUGUCUGGUGGGAUGCCAGGCAUGAUGCCGUCAGGCCCCGGAAAGAUGUGAAGAGAAUAUGUGGCCCACUUCAAGCCUGAAUUCUGAUGCCACUGUAAUGCUGAGCUGGUGGCCGCAAGGGGGGGACAGAGAGACCAUGAAAAAAAAAAUGCAAAGAACUGCUGUAACAACAAACAAAAAACAGGCCUGAGCUCCACACCAGUCAUGCAACCUUUAGGUCACGGCAUCACUCUUGGCUCAUCCCAUCCAAUGCUAAGAAGAUUUGUUUUCAUGUUUUACUGUCUCUCCUUACUCCAACACCACACAGAGACUGAUUUUCAGGAGUACUGCUUCAGUCUUUUCUUAAUAUAUGUAUAAAUAAGUAUAUCAUCCUGACUUAAGUGUUGUAAAGGAAAGCAGGAAAAGAAGGCUAUACAUGGAAAAAUACAGUAAGAGGUUACAGAUUGUGAGUCAGCUUUUUGUGUUCUGAAAUGGAUACAUUCUCAGAAUCAUUCCUCCACUUGUUUGUGUAGGAUAUGUUUUGAGUUCGCACUAGUCUGAGUCACGUGAUAAGUGACAUUAUUCCAUUCAAUAUUUGUUUAUAGGAAAUAAAUGUCUCUGAAGCUUCCGUGAGCAAAAUAUGGCUCCUCUGUGUCGCCUUUCUGUCACAGUUCAAUAUUGUACAGUGCUCUGUAUAUUACUGCAAGAUCAUUAUCAGCCAUCGAUUUUGUUCAAAUGUGUUGGAAAACAAAAAAAUCUGAUUUGUACAAUAGUUUGCUUUGAUGCUAUCUCCUGAUGUCUUGACCAAGGAAGCUUGUGUAGUUGUUUUGUUGGAAAGCACAACAAUACAAAAAAAGUUUACA